AUGCAGUUCACCAAGACUUUCAUCGCCGCCCUCUUCGCAGCCUCCAACGUCGCUGCUGCUCCUACUCCUGCCGACAAGUCUAUGAUGGCCAAUGUUCCCCAGUGGACAAUUGAAAACCUCAAGCGCACGUGCGACACUGCCAACACUUCAUGCACUUGGACCUUUGCUGUCGACACCCAUCUCGCCGCUGCCACAUCUUGCACAUACGUUGUCAAGGCGGCCAAGGAGGCCUCUCAGGCCACCGGAGGCCCUGUCACUUGCGGACCUUACACGGUCACAUCCAGCUGGAGCGGUCAAUUUGGUCCUGGUAACGGUUUCACCACUCUCGCCGUUGUCGACAACUCGAAGAAGCUCAUUGUCUGGCCCGCCUACACCGACGUCCAGGUCCAAGGUGGCAAGGUUGUCUCGCCCAACCAGAGCUACGCCCCUGCCAGCUUGCCAUAG